GGGCCAUACAACCCUCCUACUUUCUCUCCAGAUAUGCCGUUAUACGUGUUGGUCCUUCUGCCUGGAACAGCCUCUCCCUGGGACACUCUCUCUUCACUCACCUCUUUUGGAAGAAAAGUACAGGUGUUAAGAGCAUAGUUUUAAAUUUGGAACCAGGUGGCCUCGAUUGAAAUCUUGAUUCAGUCUUUUAUCAAUUAACUAUCCUCUGCUUCUCGGGACCUCGGUUUCCUCAUCUAGGAAAUGGGCUUGCUUUCAGGAUUAAUGAGAUAAUGCAUGUAAAGGUGGCUGAGACAGUCACAAUUUCCUGGCCUCAUGCCCUCUCUGACCUGAACUCCCCUAGCUCAGUAGUACUGGCAGCAUCCCAGCCACCCCUGCUUUCAAGAAACUUCCUCCACCCACAGAAGCCUGAAUGUACCCCUUGUGCUGGCUGAGUCAUCCUGCCGCAGUUAGCCGCCCCCUAAAGAAAGAUUUCUCUCUGGUGUGGGGACUAGGGCAUGGCACCCCUCCCCCAAGCUUCUCUUUCUUCAUCUGUAAAAUAGAGACGAGAACAGCCUCUGCCAUACCAGGUGGUUGAGGGGUUGCUGUGAGCUAGUUAUGGGUAAAGCAUGGAGCCCAGGCCCUGGCACAAGGUCCAUGCUGGCAGCAAGGCUGCAUUGGCUGCCCUGUGCCCAGGAGACCUGAUCCAGGCCAUCAAUGGUGAGAGCACCGAGCUCAUGACACACCUGGAGGCACAGAACCGCAUCAAGGGCUGCCACGAUCACCUCACACUCUCUGUGAGCAGGCCUGAGGGCAGGAGCUGGCCCAGUGCCCCUGAUGACAGCAAGGCUCAGGCACACAGGAUCCACAUCAACCCUGAGGCCCAGGAUGGCAGUCCAACAACCAGCAGGCGGCCCUCAGGCGGGACUGGGCCAGAAGAUGGCAGACCAAGCCUGGGAUCUCCAUACGGACAACUCCCUCACUUUCCAGUCCCUCACAAUGGCAGCAGCGAGGCCACCCUGCCAGCCCAGAUGAGCACCCUGCAUGUGUCUCCACACCCCAGCGCUGACCCAACCAGGGGCCUCCCGCGGAGCCGGGACUGCAGAGUCGACCUGGGCUCAGAGGUGUACAGGAUGCUACGGGAGUCAGCAGAGCCCGUGGCUGCAGAGCCCAAGCAGUCAGGCUCCUUCCGCUACUUGCAGGGCAUGCUGGAGGCCGGCGAGGGCGGAGAGCGGCCCGGGCCUGGCGGCCCCCGGAACCUCAAGCCCACGGCGGGCAAGCUGGGCGCUCCGCUGAGCGGCCUGCAGGGGCUGCCCGAGUGCACGCGCUGCGGCCACGGCAUCGUGGGCACCAUCGUCAAGGCGCGGGACAAGCUCUACCAUCCCGAGUGCUUCAUGUGCAGCGACUGCGGCCUGAACCUCAAGCAGCGUGGUUACUUCUUUCUGGACGAGCGGCUCUACUGUGAGAGUCACGCCAAGGCGCGCGUGAAGCCGCCCGAGGGCUACGAUGUGGUGGCGGUGUACCCCAACGCCAAGGUGGAACUCGUCUGAGCUGGGACUCCGCUCCCGCCCCUGCUUCUUAAGGUCCCUGCUUGGCCCGUGUAAAUAUGUUUCGCCCUGUCCCUCUAAUAAAGUUCCUCUGCUCGGCCUUGAA